GCCCGCGCCCGCCGCCUCGGCUGCUGCUCGCGCCGGGCCCGCCAUGGCCGCGUCGCCGGGCUCGGGCGGCGCCAACCCGCGGAAGUUCAGCGAGAAGAUCGCGCUGCACACGCAGCGGCAGGCCGAGGAGACGCGGGCCUUCGAGCAGCUCAUGACCGACCUCACCCUGUCGCGGGUACAGUUUCAGAAGCUCCAGCAGCUGCGCCUCACGCAGUACCACGGAGGCUCCCUGCCCAACGUGAACCAGCUGCGGAGCAACGCAUCAGAGUUUCAGCCGUCAUUUCAUCAAGCUGACACUGUUCGAGGGACUCGGCACCACGGGCUGGUGGAGAGGCCAGCUCGGAGCCGCUUCCACCCCCUCCACCGAAGGCCUGGGGACAAGCCAGGGCGCCCGUUGGAUGGUAGUGCAUCUGGAGCCGGUUACUCCUCCCAGGCUCUGGAUGAGAGCUGGCCAAGGCAGCAGCCUCCUUGGAAAGAAGAAAAACACCCUGGACUCAGGCUGACGUCGGCACUUAACAGGACCAAUUCUGACUCUGCUCUUCACACGAGUGCUCUGAGCACCAAGCCCCAGGACCCCUACGGAGGAGGGGGCCAGUCCACCUGGCCUGCCCCGUACAUGGGUUUCUGUGAUGGAGAGCGAGAUGGCGCUGGGGAAGUGGCGUCUUUCCCUGGUCCUUUGAAAGAAGACAAUCUGUUAACAGUUCCGAAGCCACUGCCGAAGCAGCUGUGGGAGACCAAGGAGGUUCAGUCCUUGUCAGGGCGCCCUCGAUCCUGUGAUGUCGGAGGCAGCAAUGUUUUCCCACACAAUGGUCAAAACGUAGGCCUCUCCCCGUUUCUGGGGACCCUGAACACUGGGGGGUCGCUGCCCGACCUCACCAACCUCCACUACUCGGCGCCUCUGCCCGCCUCCCUGGACACCAGUGACCACCUCUUUGGCGGCAUGAGCGUGGGGAGCAGCGUGGGGAGCCUCCCAGCCGCGAUGACCCACCUGGGGAUACGGAGCUCCCCCGGUCUCCAGAGUUCUCGGAGUAACCCUUCCAUCCAGGCCACGCUCAGCAAGAUGGCCCCGUCCUCGCCCCUGAGCAGCCACGCGCAGAGCUCGGUCGCCAGUGCCUCCUCUCUCCACCCCUCGCUCCGUCUCUUUUCCCUUAGCAACCCAUCUCUUCCCACCACAAACCUGAGCGGCCCCUCUCGGCGCCGGCAGCCCCCCGUCAGCCCCCUCACGCUCUCCCCCCGCCCCGAGGCGCACCCAGGUUUCAGCAGGCAGCUCUCUUCGACCAGCCCGCUGAACCCGCACCCCACCUCCCAGAUGGCGUCCGCAGAGCGAAGUCCGCUUUCCUUCCUGCCCACAGAAGCCCAGGUGUCCCCCCCGCCUCCUUACCCCACGCCCCAGGAGCUGCCCCAGCCGCUCCUGCAGCAGCCUUGUCCCCAGGAUCCCUCUGCUCAGCAGGCCCUGCCACAGACGGCCUUCCAGCUCCUUCCAUCCCAGGGCUCGUCUUUGACCAACUUCUUCCCAGACGUAGGCUUUGACCCACAGUCCCUCCGGUCAGGCCCAGCCUUCCCUCAGCAGGUGUCCCUGCAGCAAGACGCCCGAGACCCACAAGACUCGAUGCAUCUGAGACCAAACCUGUAUUCCAGCUGCGGGGACUUCCCCAAUGCCGGCCUGACGGAAGAUUCCAGCACCAGCCUGUUCAAAGAUCUCAGCAGUGCUCUGGCAGGCAUGCCUGAGGUCAGCCUGAACGUGGACACUUCAUUUCCAUUGGAAGAGGAGCUCCACAUUGAGCCCCUGAGCCUGGAUGGACUCAGCAUGUUGAGUGACUCCAGCAUGGGCCUGCUCGACCCCUCCGUGGAAGACACGUUUCGAGCGGACCGACUGUGAGCAACACGCGCCAGGACGGAAGUUUUGAAACGGCCAACGCAGAGGGGAAGAGACCGGAGCCAGGAAACAUCCCGCCAUUAGUUAUUUCCACACAGAAGGACCCGAGCCCGGGCUCCAGGCUUUGAGCCCAGGCUCCAUCUCAGGCACCCGUCACCUGUCCCACACUCGGCCCCGUCCUGCCUCAGGCCUGUGGCGGGCAGGCUGCUCGGGAGCUCCGGGGAGCCCGCGCGCGCCUCCCUCGGCCCCUUCUGCCUUCCUGUCGGCCAUCUGGCCGGCCGGUGUGCAGACGCACAAGAUGCCGGUCACGGAGGCCUCUUCAGCGCUGCGUGGUGCUCAGAGCCACUGAAGUGCAGCCUGGUGAGGAGGCUGUGGACGGAGGCUUGUCUUCGAGCACUGGUACCCCGACACCAUGAUGCCUUAACCAUGGCGCCCACGGGCCAGCCCCAGCCAUGGCCCCUCACAGCCUUCAGUAAACACAGGACGCCUGGCCUGUCCAGGGACAGGCUCAAGCCAGGCAGGCCGAGGGCUUCCUUGCUUCCUCCCAGUUUGUAAUCCCUCUGCUGCUGCUUCCAUACACUUGUCCUUUGAACAGGAGGAAAGCAAGACUUCGCUCAGUCACUGAAAACAGCCCCGCAGGAGCAGACAAGCCUGAAAAGCAUGGUGCUCCUUGAAGGCUGAGAACGAAGAGGAGGCUGAAGGUGUCUCACACAAACCAGAGAAGCACGCAUCUUCUCCUUCCUGCCCCCCGCCACAGCGGGAGGGAGCUGCUGGGGGUCCUGCCAGACCCAAGAGCUGAGCGCCCCUGGUCUCCACAGAGUGGUGUCUCUGAGCUGGGGCGUUGGCCUGGAAGCCCCCGGCGUGCAGGGGCUACGCCGCCUCCUCGCCAAGCCCCUGGCCCCUAACAAGUGCCUGGCCCAGACCAAGCGCUGUGCCACUGCCUGGUGGAUGCACUCGUGCGUGCGUGAGCGCAUGAAGGAACAGAUGGGUGAAGGGACCUGCUGUGCUGCCAGGCUGUCUGACCCGUAGCUGACCCUUCCCUGCCGCUCCCCUGUCACACGGGGCCAGUCACUUCUAACACCGGGCGCCGUCCCAGGCGCCGCUCUCCCGCUGUGCUGCCGCAGGCAGUGGAAGUUGUCUUCUGAAGGCACAGCAAGGCCUGCACCUCAAAGCUCUUCCCAGAUCCCUGUUUUGCUCUAAAUAGCAGAGGUUCCUGCUUUGAGGUUGAGGAAGUUGAUGGUACACGAUUCGAUAGUGGAUAGUGGACCUUAGCCAUAAGCUAACUUGAGCAGAUCCCCCGCUGAGGAGCAGGAGACAUAGCGACACCCACUGGACACCACGGGGAGGAGCAGGUGUGGAAGGCAGAGGAGAAGGUGGGGAGCAUACUGAAGGGAGGGGGAGAAGCUGGAACCUUUGCCUGGAUGGCUGCUGCCCUUCCCCGGGGAGACCCCUUGGCCUUGCUCCGGCUUCAGGGCCAUGUGGGAGGAAGCUGCCACACCCGGGCCUGGCCUCUGGAGCCCGCCACGGCCACAGCCCCGUCCUCCCCACAGGCCUCCGUUUCCCUUCCAGCCACCCCCUCUGGAACCCAGGCAUUCCUGUUUGCCCCCAGCUCUCCUGUUGGAUUAGGAAAUCAACCAUUCCCCGCGAGGCCUGCGGAGCUCCGUGCUGGAGAGCUCACGGGGAGUGGGUGAUGGUCUAAAGGGAAAGGGCCUGGGGGGGCUAUAAUACCAUCCAGCGCCCCAGAGUGCCAUGGGAAGCCAACUCCUGGGUCACAGGCCCCCUUGAAAUUGCAGCCUGCCAUUCAGGCAGGGAAUGGUGCUGGCAUAGUUCUGUUUUUGAAGUAAAGGUGUCCCAGCAUAGCCCGCCUUUACAUAGUGCCUUAGUCUGGAGACGAUUGUGUCAGGACCACUGCCUGUUGGGGGUCUGCAGGUGGGGGCGGGAGAAGGCGGUGUCCUUGGGCCCAUCCGUCUGAACGGGUGACACCGCCCACCCGUCUGGACAGCCACCCCGCAGAGCGCGCCCUGUGAGCCGCACCAGCUGCUGCUCUGACCAAGCUGUCUCGGUCCUCAGCUUCCAAACACUGUGUCCAAUACCUAACUUUUGUAGCCAGACAUCGGUCAGACUACAUUCAGUUACUGGCAGUUAAACCGCAUAGAACUAAAACCCUGUCUCCAGUUUUCCUUUUCCCAUGGCGUGGGUUUCAGGACGUAGGGUGUUAGGACACCGUCGUCAUCGUCAUCAUCUUCCUCUUGGAGGGGGGCAUCCUUUACCUCCUUGCCUCCUCUCACAUGAAAUCCCAGAUCUGCUGCAUAUGCCCUGAGCUGCUCUGCAGGGAGCUCCAAUCCGUCCUUGGAUUGGAACUCACUUCCCUUGCUGACUCUUGAUGGCCCUUCUGAUUUCUGCACAGGUGGUUCAGGGUGCAAUUCUGUCGCUUCUCAGAUGGGACCGUCACAAAAGCUAACAGACUUCCCGCCAGUGUCCCAACUCCCAGGGCCCCUUGCUAAACAAUAUUUAAAGAUUGGAACUUGUAUAAAGUAGCUUCCGAGUUUUAUAAUACAUCAUUUUACAUCUUUCGUAAUUAAAGGCAGCACAAUAAGUUGUA